AUGUCGAUACCUAUUCCCCACUAUGACCCAAUCUCCGGCGACCCAUCUCCGUCUCCGCCAAAGGCUCACACGAUUAAUCUAUCAACGAAGAUUCUAUCGAAAAUCCUUGUAUGUCUAAUCAUGAUCCCUCUAGCAGUAACCGCUUUCCUCUUCAUCCUCACAUCUCUCGGUUUCACCUUCUUCUUCUUCGCUCUCUACUGGUUUCUCCACCGGAACCAUCGCCACCGUCUCCGACGUAAUCGCCGUCACGAAUCCUCAGAUGGGUUAUCUUGGAGAUGCGUGAAGAUGCUUCCUCAGUUCAAAUUCUAUGAGCCAACAGAGUUUGGAAGCGAUUGUGUUGUUUGUAUCGAUGGAUUCAGACAAGGACAGUGGUGUCGGAGGUUACCUAGAUGCGGACAUGUGUUUCAUCGCAAGUGUGUGGACUCGUGGUUGAUUAAAGUCGCUACUUGUCCGAUUUGUAGGGAUAGGGUUUAG